AUGCCGACAAAUGAUGAUUUGAAUAAAUUACCAAUGCAUCAGAAACGAUGGACAUUCAAUACUUGGCGUUUACAUGGUCGUCGACAAUUGUCAAACGAUUUAUAUUUACCAACAACAUCAUUAUUAUCAUCCCUUAACGAUCAACAAUAUGAAAUUUUCGAUGAUGCAGAAGAUGAUGCACGUAAAACACAUGAACACCUAUCACAAUUUUUUCAAAAAUAA